GGGGCUAUUGUAGAGGAACUGUGGCUUUCUUUGGCGUUUAUUUCAUGGGUGGUUAUAAGUAUUCACAGGCGCGGCGUUGGAGGGCGUUUCGUUCAUGCCGAUUUCUCGAUUGAGGCUCUUUCGAGAGUCUACAUUGGCUCGGGACACACUAAAAGUCCGGCGAGCCAGGCAUUGUUCUCCUACAUUUUCUCAUUGCGGUAAUUUUUUGACAGAGUUAUGGUUCCUAUCAAUUGAUAGACCGCUGGAAAAGCGAUCCAUUUUAGAUUCAUCCUUCCUUUCCGCAUCCUCCCUUGCAUCUGAUCAUUCCACCCCACUGAGCCCCACGAUUGCAUUGAGCGCCUUCUUUGCCUUUUCCGGAGUCGUGACACGUCCAGAAACAGCCGGAGGAGGUGCGAAGAGGAGCGCCGUCAUCAACGCAGCUUGCGCCACUGGGUCUCGGAGGGACUGCACUAGCUGCACCAUCUCGCUACCAGAGUGAAUGACGAGAAAGUUGGCAAUCUCUGGUGAAGUCGGGUCCCCUGGGGAGCGCUAGCCGUUCGUCGAUAUAGCUCGCUGUUUCUUUCUUGCUCCUGGGUCUGAGGAACUCCCACCCCCAGGAGCAAGGAUGCUGCUCUAGCGGAGCUUGGGGGAUUAGGUGACGCCAGGUGGGCGUAGAGGGUGUAAGGAGGGAGUCACGACGGGGGCCUGUGGGCCAAUGGCGGCGGGGCCGGCUUGAGGUGCCUUUCGCGACCGUCGCUUCUUCUUCUCAGCU